AUGGCCUUGCGGAGGGCCCAGCACGGACACAUGCUCGCAAUGUUCAAGGCGACGGAAGAUGGACUAUGGACCAUGGACCAUGGCUCGUCGUUCCCUUUGGCCGCCGCACAGCUUCUCGCCUCGUUGCCAUUGUCAUUGGCCGCCAUUGGCCCCCAUCCAGAUGCUACGAGAGUGCUCGGCCGCGAGAGCCCUUGGUGCCUCGAGCAGUCAAGGCAGUCAGCCGCGCCGCCGAUGAGAUCUCUCAACUCUUGGGACGUAUUACACGGUCACCAUCCACGACAUGGUGUGCUCUCGCAACCGCAAGAAGAAGAAAAUACCGAGCUGGCCGGCAGCCGUGAGCAGCCAAAGGAGAAAGUUCAAAGUGGUCGUGAGUAG